AUGGCCAGAACAACCGAGCUGGAGGGCCUAGUUAAAAUUUUGGAGGUCGAGAACCAAGCUUGGCAAAGAGCAGCGAUAGAAAACGAAGCAAUGGUCGUAUCCAUUAGGUGUUCGAUAAAACGCCUCAUGGAGAGCUCGUGCCUUGCUAGCGGGGCGGAAGACGCACGGUCCUGCUGCGGCGAAUCAGAACAGAACAAAGGAGGAGAGGAGGGAGACAGCGAAGAAAGAGCAAGAGAGAGAAAGAGGGUCUGCAAAAUCUGCGGGUCUCGGGGCUCGCGCGUGUUGUUGUUGCCCUGCAGGCACCUUUGCUCGUGCGAAGCUUGCCAGGGCUCCUUGUCUUCUUGCCCGGUCUGCGGGGUGGCGAAGAAGGCGAGCAUUGAGGUUCUCGUGUGA